ACCCUUAAUUAUUAAUUUAACAUGUUCAAUUAUUAUUUAAAAUCUGUCACAAAGUGAAAUACGUUUUUAAAAUACUGUUUUCUUUACAAUACCUGUCUAUAAAAAGACUAAUCCUUUUCGUACAAAGCACUCAUUUAUCUAGAACUGUUUUGAUAAAACGACUCCAUAUAUUGUUUUAACCAACAUCGAUACGUUGCUAAGACAACAAAAGCAGUACAACUAAAACAAACAAUACCUACAUUAAAUUUAUGGCAGAAGAAUUGCAAAAAGUUCACCUAUUUUACGAUGACAUCAAUAAAAUAAAGGUUCUUGAGGAGAAUGUUUUGAAAGAUACUGAAGAUUUAAGGGACACCUGUAAGGAGUACGAAAAUAAGGUGCAAAAUUUUGAAAAAAUUAUAAGUUCGCUGUUAGAUCUAAUUAAAGAUCUCGGCGACAAUGUUGAAAAUAAGAAAAUGGCUGCAAUAGGAGCAAUGAACUUAUUAAAAUCAAUAGCCAAAGAUAAGGAAUCCGAACAGCUGAAAUUGCAAGCGGAAAUUAACGACAAAACUUCAUUAUUGGAACAAAUAGACAGCGAAUACGAUACACUUCAAAUCCUUGAAGCAACUCAGAUGGAAACAAUUGAAUACCUUACACAAUUACGUUAAUUUUAAUAAAUAAAUAAAUAAGAGUUAUUUUUAG